AUGAUCAGGGCAAAUUUAGUAGCCGUAAGCAAUACUGUAGAUGUGGAUAGAAACAUUGGAACAGAAGUAACCAACGAUGCUGCUACCGUUCCUGAAGAAUUAUUUCAGAAAUAUACCGAGACAGACUCAAGACCUUUGACCUCAACACCUAUGUCUGCCAGUGGUACAAUUUUGACAAAUAGACUGACACAGGAAGAAUUUCCAAUAAACUGCAAUCCUUGGGAACGUACUACGUUGGUUUUGGACCUUAGAACUAACUCAAAAAAGCAAAUGGAAAAUGAAACUUUCACUUGGCAUGAGAGGGACUCACUUGGAACUUUAGAACCGGCGCCAACUCAUCGGAAAACUGAAAUUUUCAUAUCUAAACCGAUUUCAAGACGUACAAGUGAACAUCAGAUACGUUCACCGGAGUUACCUACCGAUAUUCCGGAUCCAGUCCCAAGUAUAGAAAUCUAUGAUGAAUCGAACUCCAGUAGAAACACAGACGAAAGUAAAGUGAAAAAACCAAGUAAGGAAUUAACAGUUGUCCGUAGGAGAGGCAAACGAUUAUGCAAAGGGAAGUGUAGAAGAGGUUCAGCAUAUGGACAACAAACAGAAGUCUGUGACUUACUUGAAUCAACUGAAACCCAAAUUUCUCAUAUAGGAAAUAAAUCCACGAGAACAUCAAUUCCUACAAGUAAUGGUGAUGCAGAGAAUUUAGUAGCUACUCCUAACAGGACCUCUGCAAUGAAUAAUACACCUUCUACAAUGCUUCCUAGUUUCAUCGAUGCAAAUAUCUUAAAACAUUUAUACAGAGAGUUAGAUAAUGACAAAAUAGAUGCAGAAUUUUCUGUUAGGAGAAAAAUUGCGUUACAAGAAGCUUUACGAGUGAAAGGAGAAAAUUAUUCACAUUCAAAACGAUCUCAAAAACUUUCAAACCCUGUACUCGCAGAUCUUCCAAGAGUAUUUUCCCGUCGCGCUGUUCGUUUUGAAAUUCUUGGCAGUGAAAGUUUACAUGGGUUAACGGUGUUGGAGUAUCUCAGCAAAAACGUUAAAUGUCGUAUGCGUAACUCACAAAGGUAUCGUAUACCCUUUGAAAAAUAUUUAGUGCAAUUUCCUAGGUAUAUUUCACCAGACGACAUUUAUAAAGCUCUUGGAGAUGUAAUGGGUGAGCCUAUUACUCAUGAGCAAGAAGCAUACUUGAAGUCUAUGAUUGGUGAAAUUAAAGAACCGCUGUUUGUGAAAAGUUGGUUUGGUUUGUGUGCUGCAGCAGAGCGAUUAUUAUGCCGUUUUCUUCCAAAAGAAAAGGAUCCAGCUACUUCCCUCCAAACAGUUGACUUUGAGAUUUUCGAAAGAAGACUCAAAUUUAUUAAUGUUGAUCCUCAACUGGUACAGUUUUUAAGAGAAAUUCGUGAAAAAUGA